AUGACCCUGGGGGUCCAGAAGACCAUCCAGAAAACCAGCACAGGUGGAGAUGCCAAAACUGCAGCCGACACUGGUCCAAUAACGGUCCCAGAGGAUUUUGUUAUUGACAAGGACGCCCGCUACACCGGCUCUGUCAUUGACUUCAACAAGUGGAGAGGGUUUGGGCACAUUGCGCUGGAGCAGAAGGGGGUCGUGCCCGGGGACAAAGUGUUCAUCCACUGGAAAAACAUUCAGACAGAUGACCGAUUCCCACGCUUGCAGCAGGGCUUGCAGGUGGAGUUCGGCCUUGUUGUUUCCCAGGAGUGGCGGGGUUGGAACAAGGUUCGGUCGUUGAAGGCCAAGACUGUGACCCUGCCGGGUGGAGGCAUGGUGAACAUUCAGGAUGCCAUGGAUGCAGAAAGCAUGACGUUCGUUGGUGCGCAGAACUUCCGUUACACUGGCACAAUGAAGUUUUUUGAUCAGUUUCGAAAUUUCGGUUGGGUAGUUAUAGAUGACGGCUUUGCCAUGGAUGACCCCGUGCCCAAGGAGAUCAAGGUGGAAGGGGAGGAGCUGAACACCGCUGGAAAGCCUUUGCGAAUGAGGAUCGACAAGCUGGCAAUCGAGUUCGGCAUUGUCAAAACCAAGAAGGGUGAUGCCUACAUGGCCUACAAUGUGACAUUGCCAGGUGGCACGCCCAUCACCCAAGAGGCGAUGGAACACCGGCAAGAGGAAGGCAGCCAGAGGUAUACUGGAACUGUGCAGUGGUGGCAGCGGUGGCAGAAUUGGGGGCACAUCGUCCCCGAUGCCGAGCAGGUCCUGCCCGCUGCAGUACAGGAGAAGCUGGACGCAACAGUUGCGCAAGCAGCCUCCAAGGCCAAGCCCGACGGGAAGCCUCCAGAGAAGUUACUCUACUUCCGCAAGGACGACUGUGAGUGGAGUUUUCGCCCCGAAGUUGGGAAACGGGUCUCUUUCAACGUAUACAUCGACGACAAAGGGGCAGGGGCCAAGGAUGUUUUGCCUGUGGAGACUUGGCGUUCUUGUGGUGAAUUUGGACCGAAAAAAAGUGUUUCCCUCAGCAACACUGAUCCUUGCCGUGAGCUCUGUCCCCGCCCCGAAAAAGAUCUACAAGGCUCCAAAUGCUGCCGAAAUGCACCUUACUAA